AUGCCUCCGCUGAGCAAGUCCAGGCCGCUAAGAAGCAUGCCACCGACCAGGGCGGAAAGAUUGGCCAUGAGUACAGCCUGA